CUCAGACACUGAAAGACAUUCGCAAUUCUGUCCCUGUCCCUGACCGCAACAGCAGCCAUGACGUCGCCGUACACCCCUCGCACCUACCUGUCCAAAACAUUCACUCGUUCUCCUGUGCACGCGAUCCACGGUUUGGUCGCGACGAACCACCCUCAAGCGUCCGAGAUCGGGCUGCGCAUUCUCAAGCAGGGUGGAAAUGCCACUGACGCCGCUAUCGCCAUUGCUGCUACAUUGGCAUUGGUGGAGCCGUGCUCCACAGGCAUGGGGGGCGACUGCUUCCUAUUGCAUUACGAUGCCGCGACCAAGAAAGUGUCGGCGCUCAAUGGCAGCGGCCGCAGUGCGCAAGCAUUGACGCUCGAACAGGCCAGAAAGGAUUGUCCUGGUCAAGCCGCGUUUGCCCUCGACAAUGUCCACGCCAUCACGGUACCAGGUGCGGUCGCUGGCUGGGUGGACGCCGUCGACGCGUGGGGCUCGCUCACGAUCGACCAAGUGCUUCGUCCAGCGAUCGACUUGGCCAAAAGUGGAUUUCCCGUGUCGACGCAAACGGCGGUCGCGUGGAAACGAGGAGUUGCACGACUAAAGCAAUGGCCGCAUCCUGAUGCGUUGCUUGUGGACGGAUACGCCCCUGGAGUUGGCGAGAUCUUCCGAAACCUGUCGCUGGCGUCAAGCUUGGAAGAAGUGGCGGCCAAAGGAAAAGCCGGCUUUUACCAAGGUCGAGUGGCCGAAGCUAUAGUGGCCUCCGUACAAGCGCAGGGGGGUGUCUUGUCGUUGGAGGACUUGGCACAGCACACGUCGACGUUCGUGGACCCGAUCAAGGUCUCAUAUGAAGGCGUGGAUGUGUACGAAGUACCGCCCAACGGCCAAGGCAUCACCGCUCUCAUGGCGUUGAAUCUGCUCAAGCAAGUCGACGGCGACGACUGGAAGCAACAGCACAACUCGGCGCAGUACCUUCACACGCUCAUCGAAGUCCUCCGCCUCGCCUUCCUCGACACUCGGUGGUUCGUCACGGACCCGACCUUUGAGCACGUGCCCGUGGCGGAGCUGCUUAGUGACGAGUAUGCCAAGGCGCGCAUUGCAUUGGUUCAUCCAGACAAGGCGGCAGUGGACCCAAAGCGAGGGUCGCCAGUGUUGUCGAGUGGCACGGUGAGCUUCCAAGUCGUGGACGGCGCUGGCAACGCCGUGUCGAUGGUGAACAGCAACUACGCUGGCUUUGGCACGGGCUUGAUUCCACAGGGCGUGGGCUUUACGUUGCAGAACCGAGGGGCGAAUUUCUCGCUCCAACACGGCCACCCAAACGUGUUUGCGCCCGGAAAGCGUCCGUACCACACGAUUAUCCCGGCGUUGGCCUUGUAUUCCGACUCCCAACUGCUGCACUCGACGUUUACUGUCAUGGGCGGUUUCAUGCAACCGCAAGGCCACGUCCAACUGUUGCUCAAUCAGUUGCUGUUCCACAUGGACCCCCAGGCGGCGCUGGACGUUCCUCGCUUCUGCAUUGGCACUUCCGAAGGCGACUUCUCGUACGUGUACGUCGAGCCUGGCGUGGAUGAGGCCGUUGUGGAAGCCCUUCGGCUGAAAGGCCAUGCGAUCCGAGUGUUGGACACAACCCAAGUCAGCACCGUGGGCCGCGGCCAGAUUAUCACCAAGAACCCCCGCAACGGCGUGUUGUGCGCUGGGUCGGACGGCCGCGGCGACGGCCUUCCCAUGGGCUGGUAAACGUAGAUGUUGCUGUGUAGGUAUUGUAUAUAUACAUGGACGAUGUGAUUGGAAGUUCAAUCAAAAAUAUAUAUGUCAAGAAGGU